CCCGGCUGCCGCAGCGCCUCCCCGCUCUGGGGCCGCCACCGGGACCGGCACCGGGAUCGGGAUCAGCACCGGGCCCGGGCCCGGCGGGCGCCUCCCCCGCGCCCCUCCGCCGCCGCGCUCCCGCGGAGUGCCCUCCUCCUCUUCCUCCUCUUCCUCCUCCUCCUCGUCCUCCUGCGGCCGCCGCCGCGCUCGGCCAUGUCGAUGCUGCCGUCGUUUGGCUUCACGCAGGAGCAGGUCGCCUGCGUCUGCGAGGUGCUGCAGCAAGGGGGGAACCUGGAGAGGCUGGGCCGGUUCCUCUGGUCGCUGCCGGCCUGCGACCACCUGCACAAGAACGAGAGCGUCCUCAAGGCCAAGGCGGUGGUGGCCUUCCACCGCGGCAACUUCCGCGAGCUCUACAAGAUCCUGGAGAGCCACCAGUUCUCCCCCCACAACCACCCCAAGCUGCAGCAGCUCUGGCUGAAGGCGCACUACGUGGAAGCCGAGAAGCUGCGGGGCAGACCCUUGGGCGCCGUCGGCAAAUACCGCGUCCGCCGAAAAUUCCCUCUGCCCCGCACCAUCUGGGACGGCGAGGAAACCAGUUACUGCUUCAAGGAGAAAUCCCGGGGCGUGCUGCGGGAAUGGUACGCCCACAACCCCUACCCGUCCCCCCGGGAGAAGCGGGAGUUGGCGGAAGCCACCGGUCUCACCACCACCCAGGUCAGCAACUGGUUCAAGAACAGGAGGCAACGGGACCGAGCGGCGGAGGCGAAGGAAAGGGAGAACACGGAAAACAACAACGCGGCCACCAACAAACCGAACCAACUCUCGCCUCUGGAUGGGAGCAAACCCCUCAUGUCCAGCUCCGAGGAAGAGUUUUCUCCUCCCCAAAGCCCGGAUCAGAACUCGGUCCUGCUCUUGCAGGGGAACCUCAGCCACGCCAGGAGCUCCGGCUAUUCCCUGAGUGGUUUAGCCACAUCCCAGACCCCUCACAGCCUCCAAGGCCACCAGCUCCAGGACUCGCUGCUGGGACCCCUCACGUCCAGCCUGGUGGAUCUGGGAUCCUAAAGGCCCUCGGUGAACGGCCGGAGGAUCAGGAGAGGA